AUGGCGGCAAAGUACACGGCCGUUCCUACCGACGACCUCUCCAGCGCAGAGGCCGGCGGUGCGAUGCCCUCCAGCAGCGAUUUCACCAACGGGUUCGGCGAAGACCUGAGGCUGGACGAAGGCGGGGUUGACAAGGAGGAGACGCUCCUCCGCGGGGUCUACCUCCUCGUCACGCUUCGCGUCGCCGCGUCUGCCGUCGCGCUCUACCUCAUCGCGCCGCUCCAGCUCAGCCACUGGUACAUCCCCGCAGCUGUCCUCGCGUAUGCUGCGGCCGUCUACGUCCUCUACAAGCACCGGGACGACGGGCUCGUCAAGGUCGUCCCGCUCUAUGCGGUGUAUACCGCCUGCGAGAGCGGUGUCCUUGCCAUUGUGGUCUGCUCUACUGCCGCAUCGUUCAUACAUGUGGUGGAAUCCUCGUUGGUGGUCAUGACCGGCGCGUUCCUCGGCCUCGUCAUUUCGACGUACAAGUGCUUUAUGGACGGCUUCAUCUGGCGCGUCAUUUGCACCUCGAGCGGCGCCGCCGUCGCGUUUGUCGUGGCGACGUUUACCGCCCCGCUCGGGGGCGCCGUCGCCCUCCUGGUCGUCCUCCUCGUGGCCCUCAUCACCGUCGCCGUGGUGCUCACCGACGCACCCACGCUCAUUAAGCAUCUCGAAGCCAACGAGGUCGUCCUGGGAUCGCUUAUUCUCGGCAGCACUACCAUGUGCCUUGGCAUGCUCGGCAGGAAGUAG